CCAUAAAUGGAAUUGAAAGGGCAAAGCACAAUUUUCGCGCUUUUUGCAUUACGUACAACCACAACCAGAACCUCUCCAACUAAUCCAACGGUUCAGAUUCAGUCUUCCUUCUUCUUCUUCUUCAUUCAUUCAUUCGUUCGUUCGUUCGUUCAUUUCUCCUCCUCCAUUCCCCAAAACCUCCAUUUUCUCCUCUCGUCUUAACUCCCCCGACUCUUCCCCCUUCUCUCUUCCUUUCUAUAUUCUCUUCUUCUUCUUCCCUUUCUUCUCUGGUUCUCUCUCUGUUCACUUUCUUUUCUCCCCCCAACCUCACUCUCUGUAACAAUGUCUUCCGCCGAGAAGGAAAGAGAGACCCAGGUUUACAUGGCCAAACUCGCCGAGCAGGCCGAACGCUAUGACGAAAUGGUUGAGUGUAUGAAGAAUAUUGCAAAACUUGACCUCGAACUAACUGUAGAGGAGAGGAACCUUCUUUCUGUGGGGUACAAAAAUGUCAUAGGUGCACGACGAGCCUCUUGGCGCAUCAUGUCUUCGAUUGAGCAGAAAGAGGAGUCUAAGGGGAAUGAGAACAUUGUAAAAUUGAUAAAGGGUUACCGCCAAAAAGUGGAGGAGGAGCUUACAAAGAUUUGUGGUGAUAUUCUCUCUAUCAUUGACAAGCAUCUAGUCCCUCAUUCAUCCUCUGCAGAAGCCACUGUUUUCUACUACAAGAUGAAAGGUGACUACUAUCGUUAUCUUGCUGAGUUCAAGACAGAUCAAGAUAGAAAAGAGGCUGCUGAUCAGUCGUUGAAGGGAUAUGAGGCUGCAUCAGGCACUGCUAAUACCGAACUCCCAUCAACCCACCCAAUCCGUCUUGGCCUUGCCCUCAACUUUUCUGUCUUCUACUAUGAGAUUAUGAAUUCUCCUGAGAGAGCUUGCCAUUUGGCUAAACAAGCUUUUGAUGAGGCAAUUGCAGAGUUGGAUACCUUGAGUGAGGAAUCAUACAAGGACAGCACUCUGAUCAUGCAGCUGUUGAGAGACAAUCUCACCCUCUGGACCUCCGAUUUGCCUGAAGAUGGCGGUGACGAAAACUUCAAAGCUGAGGAAUCCAAACCUGCUGAACCUGAGGCCCAGCAAGGCAAAUGAAAGAUUGAUGGGCAAACUACACAAAUGAUGUGUGUUGAGAUGGAAGAAGAAGUGUGUUGUUCCUUUUUAAAAGAGAAAUUUUAAAAAAUAGCUCUCUCUCUCUCUCUAAAACACAGUGUGGGGAUUGGACUGCACAAUAAAACAAUUCAAUUCAUUGCGGCGUUUUUUAAAAAACCAACUAAAAAAUCUAUAUUAAGAAGAAAAGGCUGGGAGUUUUUUUUCCUACCCUUUUCUUUGUUUCAACUUACUUUUAAAACAAAAACAUUCAUCUCAUCUCUUUCCACUCAUUGUUUUCAUUUUACUCAUUCCUUAGAAGAAAAAAAAAAAAAACAUCAAGUGGUGGAGCAUUGAAUCAUAACAUUUUAUUAUUAUUGUAAUACACUUUUAUAUAAUUAUUGUAUCCAAGUAUAUCCACAAACUUCUCUCCUUUUUUUUC